GACUAAAAUAAAUAGAUGUCUGUACAGUUGUUGCCCCACACAUUCAUUGAAUGUGGUUUGUGUGCGUUUUCUCAUGUUUGAAGAGUCCUUCAGAGAGUUGAGAUGUGCAUGUUGGAAUGAGCUUGCUGAAAAUGUUACAUUUCUUACCUGUUUGCUUCUGCAUCUGGUAAUUCCCAGCCUUUAACAGUGGGACUAAAUGUGUUUAUUAGUGACAAAUAUUUUAAAGUUGGCUGUUGAAGCGCUACUCAGUGCUGAUUCUUGCUUGCCACUGAAUAUGUCUUAGGUUUGCCUGCCUUUAUUUGCCAUCUUCUAAUUAUUAUUUUCUUGGUCAUUUACAGAUGUCUUCUUCUGGAGUCUUUAUUCCUCUGUCUGAUAAUAGUACUGAUGAGUCAGGCUCUGGAGAUGAUGAGAACUACCGAUGGUUAUGCUUGGAAGAGAAAAAUGAAGAUUUCAACCGAAUCUUCUUGCCCACUAUCUACUCCAUUAUUUUCUUGACAGGAGUUGUUGGCAAUGGCUUAGUGAUUGUUGUCAUGGGCUGUCAGAAGAAGCUGAAGAGCAUAACUGACAAGUACAGGGUACAUCUCUCAGUGGCUGAUCUCCUCUUUGUCAUCAGCUUGCCCUUCUGGUCUGUGGAUGCUGUGAUAAGCUGGUACUUUGGAGAAAUCUUGUGUAAAAUUGUUCACGUCAUUUACACUGUCAAUUUGUACAGCAGUGUCCUGAUCCUGGCCUUCAUCAGCUUAGAUCGGUACUUGGCAAUUGUACAUGCUACCAGCAGUCAGAGACCUCGGAAAUUGUUGGCUGAAAGGAUUGUCUACAUAGGUGUUUGGCUGCCAGCUUUGCUUCUGACUAUACCUGAUAUCAUCUUUGCUAGUACUAAUGAGGUUGGUGGAAAAUAUAUGUGCCAGCGCUUUUACACUCAUGAGAACUGGCUGAUUCCCUUCCGAUUCCAGCAUAUCUUAGUAGGCCUUGUCUUGCCUGGCAUUAUAAUACUGACUUGUUAUUGCAUUAUAAUUUCUAAGCUGUCAAAGUCAAAGGGUCAUCAGAAACGUAAAGCUUUGAAGACAACGGUCAUCCUGAUUGUGGCAUUCUUUGCCUGCUGGUUACCAUACUACAUUGGUAUCACCAUAGACACUUUUGUCAUCCUUGGAUUCAUCAACGGAGGCUGCAAUUUUGAGCUUGUAGUGCAGAAGUGGAUCACCAUUACCGAAAGCCUUGCGUUCUUCCACUGUUGCCUGAAUCCCAUCCUGUAUGCUUUUCUGGGUGCCAAAUUCAAGACAUCAGCCCAAAAUGCAUUGAACUCUGUCAGCAGAGGAUCAAGCCUUAAGAUCCUUUCCAAAGGCAAGCGUGCGGGACAUUCUUCUGUUUCAACAGAAUCAGAGUCUUCCAGCUUCCAUUCCAGCUAACAUCAUCUCCUGUUUUCUUCAGUAGCUGUAAUCAGUGGAACUUAAUAAACACACAAGCUCAUAUGUAUGUAUAUUCAUUCACAAGAUUUUGGAGGGGGGAAUCCUCCGAGAUAAUGUUUAAGUUUAUUCCCAAUUGGAAUAUUUUGUUUGCUAUUAGUUUUCUGUGGAAAUUGAUGGACUUAUUUAUAAAAAAUAUUAAAACCUUUCACUGUACAUGUUGAUGAGAGAGUGUCAGGGCAGGGCCUUAAAACAUGGUUAGGUGGCAAAGUUGUACUGGUUGUGUGCCUAGUUAUAUGGUUGUUGAAUCUAAACACUUUUAGAUAGCAUUGCUGAUGUGCACGAGCUGUUUGUAUAUAGAAGAAUGAUUUCCAAGAUACUUGCUGAAAGACUGUAUAAUCAUUGUGGAUAUUUAGGGUUACUUUGCCCCGAUGGUGGGAAAUGUUUUGUUUUAUACUAGUUCAGUUGUAUUGUAGGCAGUGGAUGCAAUCCUCAUCUUUCUAUAGGAAACAUCAAAGUACAUGAACUUGACUGCAGCUGGAUUGCAUCCAGUGGCACUUAACAACCAAAGUACCUUUGGGCAUGUGCCUUUUGAUAACAAAGUAAUUUGCAGAUCACUGCCAUUAUAAAGUUGCCAAUAAAAAAUGUGAAGAGAAUUCUGAACGUGUUAUCAUUUUGAGUUGCGUGUCCUUGCCAUUUGUCCUACUUUGGAUUCCAGUUUUCUCUGUUCUCUAAUUUAUAGAGAAGAAUGGAUAGAAUAUUACACAGUCCAGAGAAAUUACUCUUAGACCUAUAGUUCACAUUAGCGUUUUCUUAUGUAUUUCAUAGGCCAAACCAAGCCUUCAGUAAACCUUGUACAAAUUAUGUGUCAUGUACUAUGUUUUCCUUCAUGUAAAUAGAAUUGUUCUGCAAGAGUCCUUGCCUAGGUGGAAAGAGUGUCCAGCCCUAGAAAUAACCCACUACACAUACAUCCAUGCCCUAGUCUUAAGUAAGAGGGCAGAUCUAAAGUAACAUAGUUUGCAUUGUCAGAAUAUAUUUCAAGCUUUUUGAUAAAAUAGAUGCUCAAUAUGAUGAAAUGUUUCUGUAUCUUUGAAGUGAAUAUGACCCUUGCUCUUUUUCUGAAGUUCAUUCUUUGUUGCCCUGACCAG